GCUUCGGACGAAACAUCAAAUCUUGCUCAAUUUUCCGAUAAAAGUGACCUUGCAUCUUCUGUAACGAACUCUCGGAUGCGCUUGCGCAUCGAAAAUUUUGAUAGCAUCAUGAGAUUCAUUGGUUACAAGGAGGUUCUAAAUAAUCAGAAGGUAGAUCUGUCAAGCGAUAGGAAAUCAUUCG